UAAUAAAGUUAGAACAUGACUUUUACUAUACAUAUGUCAAAUCUGUUGAAAGCAAUCAGUUAUCUAUUUUAUUUCUCUUUCCACUUUUUAUUUGUUUUCUCUCAACUCAAGAAUCAUUUCCAUAUUUUGAACAAAAGAAUGAAGAGGUAACUUUAUAACAAAUCAUCUGUAACACAGCUGGAGUGCAGUCUUUUAUUGCUAGAAUGAUGGACUCCUUUGUUUUGUGGGGAAAGUUGCUUUAGAAAGACAAUUCAGCCCAAAGACAAUCUGGAAUGACUCCAACAGCCACACGCGAUUUAGCUUUAUUGUCCUAGUUAUUUUUACUUGUGCUUAAAUAAAUACAGAUUAUGUGAUAAUAACAACAGUGCAGACAAAUCCUGCACCUGUGAAAGUAAAAUACACUUACAGUAAUAACAAUAAUCAAUGGUGUUUUUUAAUUAUGCGUCUUUUCAUACAUAUUAUGCUAUGCGGCUUAAGUUUAAAGGAACAAACAAACGGAACCAAAUCAAAUGAGAAUAAUAAACAGAAAUACACAAAAGAAAUACAAAAAAGUAUAUGGAUGCAAAGAAUAUGAUGGAUCUACUGUCUUCCAGUUGGAAGAAAACGUUAAGCAGAUAAAAUAUGGUUAGAUUUAUCUUGCCGAUACAGCUGGUAUGAAUGGUUUCAUGAAAUGUGUGCACUUUGUGUUAGAAGCCCAAAUCUCUAUAGCCAUCUUUCUGCUACCUGUAGAAUUUUUGCAAUUGGCUUUACAUCUGUUCUUAUCAAGUGUUUUCAAACCAGUGUUGUUUAUAGUAAGGUGCACAAAUGAAAACUUAAACUGUGUGUAUCAGGACAGGUAGCUGAGAAUAUUGAUAAGAGAAGCUGCGUUAAGAUUUGGUGUAAAUGGAGAAGAACAAAGGUCUCAGCACAGAUCCCUGCUGUACCCCAGUUGUGAACAGCCUCCGCUGUUUCCACAUUUAGAGAAUAGUUUGUUUGCCUCUAGUUUUAUCUAAUAUCAUGCAUUUCACAUUUUGUAAACUAUGUCAAAAAGCAUAGCUAAUGUUUUCCCUCUUUGUGUGCCUGGGUGUUUUUGUUUGUUGGUGUGUUUGCACAGGUGUGUCGUGGUCCAGUAGCCUUAUGGCUAGUUCUGAGACAGAUGCAGCAAAAAGGUGGCAGAAAUGUGUGGACACUGUGCUGUGCAACCUUACUAAGGAUCAACUGAAAUCUAUUGAAAACAACAGUGAGGAACGGGACUUUUUUGUGGUACAUCACCUGGCAGACCUGAAAGAUGGUUGCAUCUCUCCUCUCAUUCAUGGCACACCUAUCACCUGUAAAGUGGAAAACACAGAGCGAUACACCACCCGCUCUAAGGUACAUGUGUGCACUCUCUACACGGUCUGUCUGACACAUGGCGAGUUCACAUGGACGUUAAAAAGAAAGUACAAGCACUUCCAGGAGCUCCACAGAGACCUGUACAAACACAAAAUGAUGCUGCAGUUCUUGCCUCUGGGGAGAUUUGCCAUUCAGAGACAACAGCUGGCAAGUUUGACAGAGGAAAUGCCAACUUUACAUGGAAGUGAUAGAAUCAGGAGAACGUCUAGCAAACCGAAAUAUCUGGAGGAAUAUGUAAACAACUUGCUAGAAAACACUUUCUACAAGAACUAUCAUGGGAUGUUGGACUUCCUGGCAAUCAGUCCACUGUCCUUCAUCAGAGACCUUGGACCCAAAGGCCUUGAAGGUUAUAUUCUGAAACGAUCCGGGGGUCACCGCAUCCAGGGGCUCAACUGCAUCGGUCACCAUCAGGUCUGCUUCCGCUGGUCUCGCCGUUGGCUUGUGGUAAAGGAUUCAUUCCUUCUGUACAUGUCCAGAGAUCCUGGCGUUGUGUCGUUUGUGCUGCUGUUUGACCCUGAGCUGAAGGUGUUGGUUGGAAGUGUUUACACUGAUACCAAGCAUGGCGUCUGCAUCGAGAACUUCAGCAGAAAGCUGGUGAUUAAGUGCAGUAGCUACAGGCAGGCCCAGUGGUGGAGUCAUGAGAUUCAGAGUCUCUCUGAGUGCUGUGAUUUCCUCCAGAUGCAUCGCUUUGAAGGCUUCGCCCCACCCAGACCGGACACUCUGACAAAGUGGUAUGUUAAUGGGAAUGGCUAUUUCUCAGACGUGGCUGAUGCCCUGGAACAGGCCAAGGAGGAGAUCUUCAUCACUGAUUGGUGGCUCAGUCCAGAGGUUUUCCUUAAACGUCCAGCUACAGGAACGUACUGGCGCUUGGACAAGAUUCUCAGACGCAAAGCAGAACAAGGCGUGAAGGUGUGUGUGUUGUUGUAUAAGGAGGUGGAACUGGCUCUGGGUAUCAGCAGUGGCUACAGCAAGAGAACACUGAUGAACCUGCACCCCAAUAUUAAGGUGAUGCGUCACCCUGAUCAUGUUGCCUCAGUUGUGUUCCUCUGGGCCCAUCAUGAGAAAAUGGUUGCCAUCGACCAAUCAGUGGCCUUUGUGGGUGGGUUGGAUCUUGCGUUUGGGAGGUGGGAUGACAGCGACUAUAGGCUGAGUGAUGUGGAACCCACUCAGCUCGAGGCAGCCCGAGAGUCUGAUGCUGUGGAUGGCUCUGCUGUUCCUCUGACAGAACCUUUGUCAGAGUGUGAGGAUGAAGUGGAUCUGAGCUGUAAUGCCCUCUUGUGGCUGGGAAAAGAUUACAGCAACUUUAUCAAGAGAGAUUGGACACAGCUGGACCAGCCCUUUCAAGACAAUGUUGACAGAACUCAGGUGCCACGCAUCCCCUGGCGAGACCUGGGUGCUGUGCAUCAUGGGAAGGCAGCCAGAGAUCUUGCACGACACUUCAUCCAGCGCUGGAACUUCACUAAGAUCUUUAAGAAUAAGCACAAGGAUGACUUCUACCCGUACCUACUGCCGAAAUCCCACUGCACUGCAGAUAAGCUGCCAUUCACCAUCCCUGGUGCCACAAAAGCCUCUGUACAGGUUCUUCGUUCUGUGGAUCGCUGGUCUGCUGGUACAUGUGAACAUUCUAUCCUCAAUGCCUAUAUACAUGUUAUCGAGAACAGCGAGCAUUACAUUUACCUAGAGAACCAGUUCUUCAUCAGCUGCUCAGAUCAGAAGAAUGUACUCAAUACCAUUGGAGAUGCUAUUGUCAAACGAAUCCUACGGGCUCACAGUGAGGGGAAGAAGUACAGGGUGUUUGUUGUAAUUCCUCUGCUGCCCGGCUUUGAGGGUGACAUCAGCCAGGGAGGAGGAAAUGCCAUUCAGGCUAUACUGCACUUCACCUACAGAACGAUUAAUCGAGGAGAACACUCCAUUCUCUCGAGAUUAAAGGAGCAAAUGCAGGACGAAUGGACACAGUAUAUUUCUCUGUGUGGUCUGCGCACACACUCUGAGCUCGGCCAGUCCCCUGUAACAGAGCUCAUCUACGUCCAUAGCAAAGCCCUCAUCGCUGACGACCGUUGCUACAUCAUAGGGUCAGCCAACAUCAAUGACAGGAGCAUGCUGGGCAGUCGUGACAGUGAGCUGGCAGUGCUGGUGGAGGAUGAGGAAAGAGUUCCCUCAGUCAUGAACGGAGAAGAGUACCAGGCUGGACCACUAGCACUCGCCUUACGAAAGGAGUGCUUCAGCGUACUUCUCGGAGCAAAAUCUGACCCCAAUCUGAACAUUGAUGAUCCAGUCUGUGAUAAUUUCUUCAACGAUGUUUGGAACAAAAUCGCCCAAACAAAUGCCAUCAUCUAUGAGAAGGUUUUCCGAUGUCUUCCACUGGACUCCAUCCGCAACUUGCGUGAGCUGCAGGAACACGUGAAUGCUCAAAACCUCAGUCUUACCUACCCGGAGAAAGCCAAAGAAGAACUACAGGCCAUCCAGGGCAUCCUGGUCCAUUUCCCGCUGCACUUCCUGUGCGAGGAGUACCUUCUCCCACCUCUUAAAAGCAAAGAACGAAUGGUUCCUAUGGAGGUGUGGACAUAGCAGGGAAGAGUAUCCAGUGAAGUGUGCCAGUGAAACGGAAGAUUUCAGAGCUUAAAAUAUCACACAUCUGCUAACUAAGCUGGAAGCUAUGGUGGUUUACCGCCACACAUUUUGUCCAAUUUGGUUUGGACUAAAGUAAUGGUAGUAAAUGAAUGAUUAGCUCUGAACACUAACCCAAAUUAGUGUAGAAACACAAAAUGAUCUUGCAUAAGAAGAUAGACAUGCUUAUACCAGGAGAAUCACAUAGUGUAGUUGCUAAUUAUAUGAAGAUACAAUGAAAUUACAUCAGUCUUCUCCCCAAAUGCCCAUUACGACCACGAAUGCCAUGAUCUGAGUAUUUAAAAUGGCCGAGGAUUUAAAGUGCUGCAUAUCAGAUGAGGAAAGAAGAGCGAAUAAGGCGAAAGAGAGAGAGUAUUUUUGAUGAACACAACAGAACGUACAUUUAUUGUUGUGAAUGUGUGUGGGUGGAUGGUGCUGCUUUACCUUCUUUUCCCUCUCUUUAUUUCUUUCUUGUGUGCACUACACCUCUCAAUGCAGUGGCAGCAAAUCUGUCAGAACAUUUGUGGUUGUUAUGGUGACGGGUAUAAAGAGCUGACUUGGUCUUGGCUGCUGAGAGAGAGAUAGAGAGAACGAAAGAAAGAGGCAGGAAGAGAUUGAGAACAAGCAGGAAAAAAUAGACAAACCGUAAAAACAUGGAUAACUGUGUGUGUGUGCCCGUCAGGGCGGGGGGUAGUAUGCUGGCAUACUUUGUCAGAGAAAUUAUGUAAUGCUUUUUUAAACAGGUAGAGGGGGAGUGUUACGGAGCAGGGAUCAGGUGGGGCUUCAAACAUGGUGAGAUAUUCAGCGGGUGUCUCAGCUCAGCCCCCCCCAAUCUCCAUGACAACCAGGAGAAAUUAUUAUCAUUAUGUAAUAAUGUCAGUGGCCCAGAAGAUUCCACUUUUGGUUUUUUGGAGGGGGUGUUGACACAAGUAGAGAGCACAGUGGAGGCUAAAUAAGCAAUGCUAAUUUUGUCAGUGCCCCACUUUGUAAACAAUCACUAAUCUGCCUGUGUAAUGUUGUAGAAUGUUAUAGGUGACUUCACCUGCACUUGAAGAGAAUGUUUUAGGGUUUGAACACUGGAGACACGUUAAUAUACUGUAACAUUCCAAUCACAUCAAGCAAUCACCUUUAUGAAGUGACAAUUCUGAUCUUUUUAAAUCACUAUACCUGUCAAGGCAUAUUAUUGUACCUGCUUUUGCACAUUUUUAUACUUUUCAUGUACAUACAAUUGCUUUUAUUUAGAAAGCAUACAGAACUCACUUACUAAUACAUGAAUCUUGGCUAACACUAUGUGUUUUCACAAAUUUUGGACAUCUGUAUAGGCCUUACUUAGGGUAGAUGCCAAAUUGAAUUUUCUUCAGAUGAAAAUGACGCUGUGAACAGUCUUUACAACGGCAUGCACUCUUUUAAAACUAACUAUUUAAAAUAAAAAAAAGCUGUUUUAUGGAGUUUUUGUCUACCGAUUUGUAUUUUAUUUUUUUGUCAGCUGAACAAAUUGCUUGUUAAACAACAGUGCAAUCAAUUGAACACACUGUACUUCUUUCCCUCACAGCCUUGUUUUCAUUCCUGUCAGAAAUUAAAUAUGGUGCUACCCUGACUAAAGUUUAUAAGUGAUUUUUUUUCCUAAAUGUACGACAUUAUUUUUGGAUUAAUGACUAUAAAUUACAUAUCACAGUUGUUUGUAAACCAGUGAGCAAUCAAUUAAUUUUUUCCUCCAUCUGUUCUCCAUUUGAAUAAAUGUAUUAAUUC